AUGAGCCACGCAGUUCGCUUCACCAGGCCGCGAAGCCGUGCGAACUCGGUGCUGUUCUGGGCCGCCGCACUCGAAGAGUCGCAGCGGCCACACAGAGUGGCGCCGCCCCUCCGUGCGACUAGCGGCCGGGCAGACACGACCCCGGCUGAAGAGCAACAGCAGCAGACCGAGCAGCAGGAGGGAGAAAGGGAUGAGGAGAAGGAGAAGGAGGAGGCAACGCAACCACAAGAGAAGGCGGGAACGGUAAUACAGCCAGAGCAAGUUGUUUUAAAACACGAAUCGCAGUCACAACAGGAGUUGGUCAUAGAGAGAUUCCCCGUUGCAGCGGCGGAUCGAUUAGGCGACCUUGAGGAACGAAGUCCGAAGCGCCCCCGCACCGAGGAGAGUGACGCAGCGCAACAGCAGGAACAGCCGCAGGAGCAGGAACACCAGAGUGGGGACGCCGCCACCACCACCACCACCGGGCUGGUGGCGCCGGGCCCUGCUGCGCACCGCUUCGAGGAUGUGCUGCCGGUGAGCGAUGCGCUGCUGCAGGGGCUGCUGGGUCCUGUAGCCAUUGACGUGGAGCUGAGCGGCACUAUUCCGCUGCUGCGCGAUCCCCACGGCUUCGCGGCGGCACUCGCGGCAAUGGAAAAGGCCAGUUGCGACGUGCUGCGCAACUUCCAAGCGUCAGUGCAGCUCUUUUUCAUUGUACGUGGGGAGUCCUACUACACACUCGACGCGGCGAAGUGCCCGCCGGUUGUGUUUCUCGCGCGACUUCUUGCCGCCCCCGCGGUGACGAAGAUACUGCUGCAGGCGCCGUGUGUGUACCGGCUGCUGUUCCUGCUCCUCGGCACCGACCGCGUGGUGGUGCACAACGUCAUCGAUGUGGCGGUGUGGGCGGCGGUGGUUAGCCGCGUGGGUGGGCCGCGCCCGUGGCUAAAAGCGUGUACAAAGGCGCAGGAGCUGAUGCAGCUGCUGCCAGAAUCUGAGCGAGAGGUCAUUGCGGUACGGCUGCAGAACGCCACGCAGGCUGCUCGGUACGAUUCCACGGCGUGGAGAGACGGUAACGAGGACGAAUCGGUGGAGUCAUCAAUAUCACCAACGCUGCUGUCGUCUUCGAUGAGCACAGUGGCGGCGGUGCCGCUCACGCAACUGGUGGAGCGGCUGGAGUCGCUGGCCACUCUGCACGCGUACUACGACGCGUACCUCAGCUCAGUUGACAGCAGCGGGGCGACAGGUAAAGUGUCAACGCCACUUUCCGCCGUGUGCCGCCUGGAGACACGUGUGACCUUCCUCUGCGAGGUCAUGUCAUACCACGGCAUGUUUAUUGAGAAGCGGCUGCACGACGACAUGCUCCACGACCUGGACACACAGGUGGCGGCCCUGAUCGAAGAAGGCAACAAAGUGCUACGGGCGGUGGUGCCACGUGAUGGUGACAACGAUGUUGAUAUGGAGACCGCUACAGCAAGGGAUCUUGUUGUUCUUCUUCUUAAGCAGCAGCAAGGCAGUCUCCCUCGUGGAGAGGGUAGGUGGGAGCAGCAGCUGCAGGACCUGUCUGCACGCCUUGCUGAAAAGGGCGACAGCGGGGGGAAUGUGGCGCACAUAUGGCUGGCAUUACAAGAACGUCUCGCGUUUAGACGCUCAUUGCGUGAAAUUUUUUCGAACGGCGCGAGGAUUCAUGCAAGACUCUUUGCCGUUCCAGAACUAACAACCGGGUCGGGCAACGACACUGACGACUGUAGAAGCGCUGACAGCGAGGCGGCGAAGCAUCGUCUCUUCUUCUCUGUGCAUCCGAGCUGGGUAGUUCAUCAUGCCAGCACCGCCCGGCUCUACUGCUCGAAACCGAAUCUUCAGACACUGCCGAAGAAACCCUCUUUAUGCCGCUACGCACUGCCGUCGUCGACUGCCACCACGAUCCUCUCCAAUCCAGAGUGGACAUUGCGGCACCUGUACGGUGCACCCCCCGAGUGCUCUCUCCUGUCGUUUGAUUUCAACCAGAUCGAGCUGCGCGUGUUGGCGCACUUGAGUGGUGAUGCGCUUCUCGUGGAGCAACUCCGCGGCGGUGUGGAUGUGCUCGCUGAGAUGGCGCGCCGCAUUAUUGGACUGCACCGCCCCGAGGAUGUGCAGCCGUACAUGCGGCAAGCCGUCAAAGUAGUGGUGUACGGCCUUCUAUACGGCAUGGGGCCUGAACUGAUGGAUCAGCGCCUGCGCCAACUUUAUGCGGAGUCUCUCGUCGAUACAUCAACGGCAGCGACAGAACGGCCACCCCUCUCUGCGCUUCAGUUCUUACAUGCCUUCAAUCGGUGUUACCCAGGCGUGCGUGGCUUUCUGAAAAACACGCGCCUUCGCGCCUUUCACGAGCGAUCUUGUGUGACGCUGAGCGGCGUGUGGAGUUUGUCUGGCGAGUUGGACGACAAUCGGCGGAAGCAGAGCUCUGUGUCGCUGGCCAUUCAGGGCGGUGCGGCUGUAAUUCUCCACCACGCAAUGCUGGAGGUGCAUGAGAGGCGCCACGAGUUUGUGCCGUAUUUUCCCGCGGCUCCAGUGGCGCUUGUCAUGAGUGUGCACGACGAGCUGGUGUACGUUGUCCCUGACAGCGCGGUAGGCAUUCUGGCGCCGAAGAUCAAGCAGGUCCUCGAGCGGCAAGCGACGGCACUCUCGCUGAGCGUGCCGCUGCCGGUUUCGGUGAAGGGGGGAAAGACGCUUGGCACGUUGGAGCCGCUGCCUGUGUAG